AUGCAUGAAGACUUGCGCCGAAGAGCCCUUGAGAGUGGCAAGACCGUCUCCAACAAGGCCAAAUCCAAGCAGUCGUCAAGAGGAAGUUCGCGUGGCAAUUCGGCACCCAACUCGCGUAGUGCUUCUCGGGUCCAGAGCAGAGACGUCUCAGACGACGAAGAUUUGGAUAAGGGCAAUCUCAGUGAUGAUACUACACAGAGUAUCAAUUCGAUCGAUGCUCUCCUCGAAACCGACGAUAUCAAUGAGCAGACCUCGGACGUGGCUCGACAAGAAUUGAGCGAUGUCAUCUCGCAGCUGCUCGACCGUAAAGGGAGCAAUAACAAGAGCAGGGAAGAUGCGCUGGCUACAUAUGUCAAAUGCUUGACAUCGCACUAUCUUGCCGAGGUUCUAUACGGUCGUGUUCAAGACCUCGUUAACGCGUUCAGCCGAAGCAUCAAAGCGGAAACGAGCGAGAAGGAGACGACAUUGGCCCUUAGAGCCAUGGCACUUACUGCCAUCACAUUCGCUGAUAGCAACCUCUACGAAACGGUUGCGGCGUCCUUGAAACGAAGUAUUUCCGACUCUCGGUCUACUGCCGUUAAAGCUGCGGCAAUCUAUUCGAUUGGGAUCUGCGUUUCGUUUGGAGGCGCGGAUGAAGAAGAGAUCUUGGACGUGAUGACUUUCUUAUUGGAAAUUGCGUCGAGUGAUGGUGCGUUUGUUGAUGCCGAUGACAGUGCUGAGGUUGUCACGGCCGCCCUAAAUACAUACGGGUUCUUGGCCACUCAGGUGGAAGAUCUCGAGCAAGAGUCGGAGGAUGCGGUGGCAACAUUCCUCGACCAGCUGGAUGCAGAUGAUGCCAAAGUCCAAGUAUCGGCGGGCGAGAACAUUGCCUUGAUGUACGAGAAAUGCUACACACCCCGCGAGGAAGACGACGAAUCAUCGUCGUCGGACGAGGAGAUACCUGAAGACGAACUGCCCAACGACCGGUCUCACAUGCGAUCCUACCUCGUCAAACGGUAUAACCCAUACCAUAACACGCACGAAGUAUUAGACAAGGUGACGGCGCUCGCGUCGCUCAGUACCAAGUCGAUGCAUCGACGAGACAAGAAGGCAUUGCACCAAUCGUUUGCCAGCAUUGCCAUGACGGUGCAGGACCCCCGGCUAGGGCUCCAGUCCAAUAAUGCCUCUAAGAUGGUGGUUCGAGUACAUCGGGAAGGUGAAAUGCGAGUGGACAAAUGGUGGAAGCUGAUGCGGCUGCACGCAAUUCGAAGGCUCCUCGCUGGAGGGUUUGUUAACCACUACUUUGAGGGCAACAAACAGGUGCUGGACGCGCUGCCGAUGAUCAUGCGGGGCAUUGGAAGUUCAGGCAUGGCCAGUCCUCGAAAGAUAGGCGGCAACAAGGGGUCCAAGGGCAAGUACCGCGACGUGCGACGGUUUGUAUCGGCCGACGUGACGGCGGCUUGA